AUGAAGUCCAACCCUGUCAUCCAAGCCGCCAUCGACCUCACAGCGGGGGCCCUCGGGGGCACCGCGUGUGUCCUGACCGGGCAGCCCUUCGACACAGUGAAAGUGAAGAUGCAGACGUUCCCUGCCCUGUACAAGGGCUUCACCGACUGCUGCCUGAAGACAUACUCCCAAGUGGGCUUGCGCGGCUUCUACAAGGGGACCGGCCCGGCGCUGAUGGCCUACGUCGCCGAGAACUCUGUCCUCUUCAUGUGCUACGGCUUCUGCCAACAGUUUGUGAAGAAAGUAGUGGGACUGGACAAGCAGGCAAAGCUGAGUGAUCUGCAGACUGCAACUGCCGGUUCCUUAGCCUCUGGGUUUGCUGCGCUGGCCCUGUGUCCCACUGAGCUUGUGAAGUGCCGACUACAGACCAUGCACGAAAUGGAGAUGUCAGGGAAGAUAGCCAAAAGCCACAAUACAGUUUGGUCUGUCAUGAAGGGUAUCCUUAGGAAGGAUGGCCCCUUGGGCUUCUACCACGGUCUCUCGAGUACUCUACUUCAAGAAGUACCAGGCUAUUUCUUCUUCUUUGGUGGCUAUGAACUGAGCAGAUCAUUUUUGGCCUCAGGGAGAUCAAAAGAUGAACUAGGCCCUGUCUCUUUGAUGUUAAGUGGUGGAAUAGCUGGGAUUUGCCUUUGGCUUGUCAUAUUCCCAGUGGAUUGUAUCAAAUCCAGAAUUCAGGUUCUUUCCAUGUCUGGAAAACAGGCAGGAUUUAUCGGGACUCUUUUAAGUAUUGUGGAAAGUGAAGGAAUAACAGCCUUAUAUUCUGGACUGACAGCUACUAUGAUUCGAGCGUUCCCUGCUAAUGGGUCACUGUUUUUGGCUUAUGAAUACAGUAGGAAGAUGAUGAUGAGGCAGUUAGAUGCAUACUAAUGUGUCUUGGUGAACCGAGAUUUCUAUCUACACACUUUUGAGGACUAUA